AUGACUGACACGACUGACGCUGAAACUAAACCAGUCGCUGAAUCUUCUAAGAAAGUUGAAGAGGAUGAAGUAGUUCCUUCACAAGAAAUUCAUUUUGAGCCACUUGUUAAAUUGGACGAGGUUGAAGUUAAAACAUUAGAAGAAGACGAAGACGUUCUUUUUAAAAU